UAGAGCACCUGACCUAUUCUGUGUAACCCGGCACCAACACAGUCCCUUAUUUGCUUCGCGUCCGGUAUUUUAACCCUAAGGACGCCUCCUUUCUUUUCAUCACUCGCCGGGAAGUACCGGCCAGAGCGACCGCCGAUCGCGAUUGUCCUCUCGGUCCGAACGCUAACCCUAACCCUAAACAUUUCCUGUUAUUCUUAUUCUCCAAUCGGAGUGCAUGAAAACUAGCGACCGUGUAGUUCUCAGUUGGAUUCUAACGAGCUGUGGUUGGAAAGAAUGCAAUUGUGGAGCUUGAGUCCCUGGAGAAGGAACUUAUUCCCAUUGUUCGGUUCGGUUGCUUGCGUAACUCGGAGCCAAUCGAAGGUUGCGCCCGGCAUUGUUUGGCUACACGGUCACUCUAACGCUAUUGCCCAUCCGGAUUACUCCGAGAUUUGGUUCGUCAAGGUUAUAUGUACGCUCUGUAUUCGCUUCUCCACAAGGCUUCUUGAUGUUGGCCAUUCCGAUUAUGUCCGUAACAAUCUAACUCCUUUGAUAGCGUUUGAAGUUGUUAAACGCCUAAAUUGUAGUUAUUUUAAUCCAAAGUUAGCUUUUGAGAUCUUUCAGUUGACCAGGAUCAGUUUGAAUCUUAUUUAUCCGCCAGCAGCUUAUGAUAUGCUUGUAAGGUCUCUUUGUCAAAUAGGUUUCCAUGAUUUAGCUAAAUUGGUUUUUGAGUACAUGAGGAUUGAUGGGCAUCUGCCUGGUAAUUCAAUUAUAGGAUUCUUGGUAUUGUCUUUUGCUCACGCGGGUAAGUUUGAUAAUGCAAAGUGGGUGCUUUCCAUUGCCCAAUCCGACAGCAUAAAGAUUCACCCUUUUGUAUCUAAUAACUUGUUGAGCUUGAUGGUGAAGCAAAAUAGGGUACAGGAAGCUGUGUGCUUCUUCAGAGAGCAUAUUUUAAGGUUUGAAUGCUAUCAUCCUGAUAUUUACACGCUAAAUAUUGUAUUGCGAGGUCUAUGCACAGUAGGUGAGGUCGAGAAAGCUUUUGAGUUUUUCGAUGAGAUGGGGAGCUUUGGUUGUGUGCCCGACAUAGUAACUUACAACACACUUAUUGAUGGACUGUGUAGGGCACGCAAUGCUGAUAGAGGUCUGCAGUUGCUGAGGGAUAUUCAGUCGGGGGAUUUAUUUUCUCCAGAUGUUGUGACUUAUACAUCAGUGAUAUCUGGAUAUUGCAAGAUAGGCAAGAUGGAGGUGGCUUCCAAUAUUUUUGAUGAGAUGAUUGUUGCAGGAGUUAAACCUAGUUCAGUUACCUUCAAUGUUCUCAUUGAUGGUUUUGGCAAGGGCCAUGACAUGCGAUCCGCAAUGAAGAUUUAUGAAAAGAUGCUUUUUCUUGGUUGUCUUCCUGAUGUUGUCACUUUCACGUCUCUAAUGGAUGGGUAUUGCCGGUGUGGGCAGGCGGACCAGGGAUUGAAGUUUUGGGAUGAAAUGAAUGUGAGAAACCUGUCUCCUAAUUUGUAUGCUUUUUCUGUUCUUAUCAAUUCCUUGUGCAAGGAUAAUAGAAUUUAUGAGGCUCGCGAUCUAUUAAGACAGUUGAGACAGAGAGAGGAUAUCAUUCCCCAACCAUUUGUCUACAAUCCUGUGAUUGAUGGAUUUUGUAAGGCUGGUAAUGUGGAUGAGGCAAAUGCCAUUGUUGCAGAAAUGGAGGCAAAGAGAUGCAAUCCUGAUAAACUGACGUUCACCAUUCUCAUUAUUGGGCAUUGUAUGAAAGGGAGAAUGUCUGAAGCAAUAAACAUAUUUUAUAAGAUGUUGGCAAUUGGUUGUGCCCCAGAUGAUAUUACUUUAAAUUCUCUGAUAUCUUGCCUUUUGAAGGCUGGGAUGCCUAAUGAAGCCUUCAAGAUAAGGCAGACUGCAACAGAGGACUUGAACUCGGGGAUUUCAUAUUUAGGCAGAAGUGCUCGAAUCAGGGAAAAUAUGGGCAUUCCAGUGGCUGUUUAGUUGAGAAAAUUGUUUCAGCUCUAUAUCUGGCCCUGUGUGGGCUUGGCAAUUGUAUGGUGUUCUUCCGGACUAUACUUCGAUAUGAACUGGACUUCCAAAUUAUGACACCAAUACUUUUUUACAUGGGAUGUGAUACCUAGUAAUUUUCCAUUCUUCCAUAAGUUGGAAGGAUGUGAAGGGCACGGCAUAUUUAACAUUCAAGAUCCUUAUAGGAAAGGGAAAGCAAGCGCUAUCUGCUUGAGGAGGGGCUUGACUACACUGAACUGCAGCCAGAGCUGCUCCGGGUUAUGAUAUACUGAGUUGAGGUUUAGGAGGUUUUUGACACCAGCAUAACUCCAAGAAAUCAGUAAUCAGAAAUUCUUGAUCUGUCUCUGUAUAUGGGGUAGUUCAGUUCAGAUCAGAUCUGCAAAAGGAAAAAGCAAAAGAGAAGAAAAGCAAAAAUGCAAAAGGAAAAAGCAAAAAAGAGAAGAAAAGCAAUCUCAGGGAUCUGAAUCAUCAGCUUGUCUGCAGUGUUGAAAUGUCUUCUGUAUCCUUUGUAUUUUUAUUUUUGGGAUUACCGCUCUUGCACAGUCUCCCGCUGUUCGUUCCCUAGAUUUCGACAGAGGAGGUAAAUUGCAGGUGGAGGCUUUGCCUCACUACGCAGGGCAAAGAAUCAAACCCAUGACUUACUGGUGUGAAUCUCAGUUUAUCGUGGACCAACCACCUGACUUAUGCCCUAGGAGCAUCCUUUGUAUUUUUAUUCUUUUCCUUUGUCUAGAUGGUAAUUGAUAUAAUUAAUUUUAGAUGACAGUUCUCAAAUUCUUAUGCAUUUUUUUAUUCUUUUUGCAGUCUCUAGGAUCGGAAAGGUUGAUAUUGGAAAUUGUGACUUAGAUUUGUGUUUCCAAAACCCUGUAUUAAUUGAGACCAACCCCACCACGGGCUGGUCUUCCCUUCUCUGUGGUCCUUCAUGCAAUCCACGCCAGUCAAUAUGAUUGUGAUAUUACAUUGUUAGCAUGAUGAUGUGAUAUUAUUGUUAUAUUGAAUAUUUUUGGAUUAUGCAUGAUUUUUGUCAACAACUAUUUGAACUUGAUGGUAUUUGCCGUGGAUGUUUAAUUUUCAAAAGCUUAACAGGUGGGAAGGUGCAUAUUUUUGUGGCUCUCUUGAUUGAGUGAAGCUUGCAUAUCCCAUAAAUUUUUAUGUGCAAUUUCCAGAUCAUCAAUCAUAGAUUACUGAUUUCAUGAAUGCUUAUUUUGUUUUAUUGGUUUGUCAUCAAUUAAUGGUGUUAAUAUCUUUUGUGGUUUGUAGGUACCUGAUGAAGUAGCUUGGUUCAGCUUUGCUGUCUUUGCAGAUUACUAAAUAGCUGAAUUUUGUGUUUUCUCUCUGCAUAGUGGUGAAAGUAGCUGCUGCCAUGAGAGAAUUCAGAUUUUAUAUGGACAAGUUUGGAGGUGGAUUGGGAUAUUUAUAAGACAGUGGGUAACAUCAGUAGAGUUUCUUCUCCAUCUCUUUCUCUCUUGACGUUCAUCCAUUCACAGGUAUCAUUUGGCAGUAGCAUUAUUGGCAAUCUGGUUUUGCUUGUUUUUGGUGGCAUGGACACGCAUUGAAGGCCAAAGUUCCGUACCAUAUUCAAUGAGAUUAGCAUGCUUCUUUUAAGCGAAUGGGCAUCACAGUCUCUCCCUCAUCAAUUCAAAAUUGUUGAUUUGGAUUUCUUGUUGCAGGGCAUCACAGUCUCCCUCAUCAAUUCAACAAUUGUGUUCUUGAGAUAGAUAGGGCUGAGAACACUUGGAUGCCAAAAGUGGUUUAAAUUGCUACAGGGUGUUGUGGCUAUGUUGCUGCUUUCAUUCUUCCAGGAAGAAAUUCAAAACACCUCUUCAAUAUUGGAUCUGUUCUAAAUUGAGGGCAGUAUGCACGUCAUGAAACCGAUGCCCGGGUUCGAAGUUGAGGAAACGUUUUGCAAAGCGGGAGAGUUUUGUACAUGGGAGAUGAACCUUGGUUGAAUAUCCCAGGUUGAACCAAUGCCCGGGUUCGAAGUACGACCGAUGCCCAGGUUCGAAGUUGUGGAAACAUUCUUGCAAAGUGGGGAGUUUUGUGUGUUGAGACAACAGAACCUUUUGGUUGAAGAUCCCGGGUUUUUCUUUCAAGGUUGCCGUAGUCCGAGGUCCCAAAAUCUGAUACCGGAACAAUAACACACUAGCAAAGUUGGGAGCUAGCUGAUCGAGCUGAGGCCCUACACUGCUCUAGUUGCUGUGAGACAGCCUAUUUCGCGACACUCAAAUUGGACUAAUUAAGGAUCCGAUAUUUGAUUCGCUAAUGUUAGUAAAUUAUCAAUUACUUUUUAAACAUCAUAGAAGGGUGCACACUUGAUCGUGGCCUUUAUGUUUUCGUUCUUUGUUUAACCUGGUUUGGGUAUCGAAAAUGGUUGUUAAUUUUGGAAGCAUCAUCCACUCUAUGUGGAUUGUGGC